AUGUUCGUUGGUGGGUACGCUGCCAGUGUUCUAGGCGGAGAGCGGGUUACGGAAGAUGUCGAUGUGGUAGUAUCGAAGGAAUGUCGUGACUUUGUGGUCAAGCGGCCAAAUUUCCGACGCUCUACUGACGAUCACUUAAUAUUCCGCCACAAUGGCACCGAUGUCUUGGUUGAUAUGUCGCCCUUUAAUGACAGGUAUGGCAACUUGCUCAUCCUCCCAAUCGGUGCUCCUACUGCCCCUGCUGCUGCUGCUGGCAAUGAACCUCCCCGAACUCCAAGAGGCAAGGUUGCGCGCCCAAAGACCAGCUCGACACCGCGGAACUACAGACCAUUCGAAGGAACAGGAGCGGCAGGCCCUAUUCCAAUGCCCUCACUCCUGGAUGUGACCACCCCUGAAACUCCGACUCGAUCAACCGAUGAGCCUCGAUCAACUGAUGUGCCUCGAUUAUCCGAGAUGCUUCAAGAAACCGAUGACAGCCUAAUUGAAGAGACAGCACCAGCAGCACCUCCCAGGGCAGUCGCUAAGCCAAGAACCCGCACCAAGAAGCGAAAGACCGGAGAAGAAGCUGACCCUAUGGACGAGGAACUUUGUAAGAGCAACACCAACCCGGACCUUGAUAGUCCUACUGAUCAGGACCUCCUGGAAUUCUUGGAAGUAUUAGAGAACCAAGCUGAUCCAGAGGCAUCAUAG